AUGGCUCGCGAUCGCCGGCGCCAUGGCUCGCUCGUCGCUGCUGUUCGGAGUAUUUUGCUCGCGGUGCUGCUCGUCGCGGCCACGGCGAUUCCCUCUGCUGGAGCGGCGCAGGCGUCGACGGCGACGAAGGGCUCCGGCGGGCCGGUGAUCGGCAUCGACCUGGGCACGACGUACUCGUGCGUGGGCGUGUACCGGAACGGGCACGUGGAGAUCAUCGCCAACGACCAGGGGAACCGGAUCACGCCGUCCUGGGUUGCUUUCACCGACACCGGCGAGAGGCUCAUCGGCGAGGCUGCAAAGAACCAGGCCGCCGCCAACCCGCUCCGCACCGUCUACGACGCCAAGCGCCUCAUCGGCCGCCAGUUCCCCGACGCGGAGGUGCAGCGGGACAUGAAGCUGCUGCCGUACAAGGUCGUGGAAAAGAACGGGAAGCCGCACGCGGAGGUGGAGGUGAAGGACGGCGACGUGAGGCUGUUUAGCCCAGAGGAGGUCAGCGCCAUGGUGCUGACGCGGAUGAAGGAGACGGCGGAGGCGUACCUCGGCGAGAGCGUGCGGGACGCCGUGAUCACCAUCCCGGCCUACUUCAACGACGCCCAGCGCCAGGCCACCAAGGACGCCGGUGCCAUCGCGGGGCUCAACGUCGUCCGCCUCAUCAACGAGCCCACCGCCGCCGCCCUCGCCUACGGCCUCGACAAGGUGGAUGAGAAGAAGGAGAAGACCGUGCUCGUCUUCGACCUCGGUGGCGGCACCUUCGACGUCAGCGUGCUCGCGCUCGACGGCGGCGUCUUCGAGGUCCUUGCCACCAACGGCGACACACACCUCGGAGGCGAGGACUUUGACCAGCGAGUUAUGGACCACUUUAUCAAGCUCGUGAAGCGGAAGCACGGCGUUGACGUCUCCGGAGACGCCCGCGCGCUCGGCAAGCUCCGCCGCGAGUGCGAGCGCGCUAAGCGGGCGCUCAGCAACCAGCACCAGGUCCGAGUCGAGAUCGAGUCGCUGGUCAACGGCGUCGACCUGUCGGAGCCGCUCACCAGGGCCAGGUUCGAGGAGCUCAAUGCCGACCUCUUUCGCAAGACCAUGGCACCCGUCAAGAAGGCCAUGGCGGACGCCGGGCUCUCCAAGGCCGACAUCGACGAGGUCGUGCUCGUCGGCGGCAGCACCAGGAUACCCAAGAUCCAGCAGCUCCUCAAAGACUACUUCGAUGGCAAGGAGCCCCACAAGGGUGUCAACCCUGACGAGGCUGUGGCCUACGGCGCCGCCGUGCAGGCGAGCAUCGUGAGGGGCGACAACGCCGGCAUGGUGGUGCUCGACGUGACGCCACUGACGCUCGGCAUUGAGACGGCCGGCGGCGUGAUGGCGAGCGUGGUGCCACGGAACUCACCGGUGCCGACGAAAAGGACGCAGAUGUUCACCACCUACAAGGACAGGCAGACCACGGUGACGGUCAUGGUGUUCGAGGGCGAGCGGAGCAUGACGAAAAACAACCGGCUGCUCGGCAAGUUCGACCUCACCGGGAUCGCGCCGGCGCCGAGGGGCACGGCGCAGAUCGAGGUGACCUUCGAAGUGGACGUCAACGGCAUCCUCCACGUGCGGGCGGCGGACAAGGGCACCGGCAGGUCGGAGAAGAUCGAGAUCGUCAGCGCUGCCGACCGCCGCAUCAGCCCGGAGGAGAUCGACCGUAUGGUGCGCGAGGCGGAGGAGUUCGCUGAGCAGGACAAGAAGGUGAUGGAGAAGGUGGACGCGAGGAACAAGCUGGAGGCGUACGUGUACGAUGUCCGGACGACGGUCGACGGCGAGAUGGGACGGAGGAUGGACGGCAGCGAUAAGGACAGGGUGGAGGAGGCGGCAAGGGAGGUCAGCCAGUGGAUCGACAACGCCAGUUUGGACGCUGAGAAGGAUGACUACGUGGAGAAGCUCAAGGAGUUGGAGGAUGUCUGCAACCCUGUCUUCGCCGCUGCCUACCAGAAGUCCGGCGGCAGUCAGCACGGGGCCAACGAGGAGGAUGACCACGACGAGCUUUAG